AAUCAAUGAGUUCAUCAAUUGACCUAUUUGCACAUCUAAUUGAUAGGUUCAUCAACUGACUGCUAUUCAAACAUUUAAUCGAUCAGUUCAUCAAUUGACCCCAAUACAAAUAUUUAAACAUUUAACCAAUAAGUUGAUCGAUGCGAUAAAAUUUAAAAUAAGAGUUUGGGGAUCUAUCGUCCCCAAUAAGACCUAAAAACUUAGCCCAAAGAAACCAGGUGACUUGCACCAGCUCGUAACAAUGGCAGCUUUUCCGUUGACCGAAAUGUAGUUCAAGGUCAUUGGUUGUCGUAGCAUCACAACGGUAACUUUUGAAAAAUGCACGAAUGUUUGAGAGCAAAAUGUCAUAUCCUUGGAAGCCCAUAUUGUGGAAAAACAUCAAUUGUUCAAUCAUUUUGUAGUGGUGGCCGGGACUUCCCAAAGAACUACCUUAUGUCCAAGACGGUUGAAUUCGCUGUAAAAACAAUGACAAUACCAGAAGUGGAUGACAGCAUCGAAUUGUUGUUAUAUAAUAUCCCAGGCAAAGAAGUUUUUCAGGAUCCCAUGAAUCAUUAUAUUAAUAUGACCAACCUUAUCGUUGUUGUUUUUGAUGUAACUAACCAGGAAAGUUUCUCCAGUGCAAAGCUUACCCUGAGAGAAUUACGGAAACCUAAUAAUAUACGUAUACCGGUCGUUCUUGUGGGCAAUAAAACAGACCUGAAAGAGAAGCAUAUCAACAAUGUGGAAAAAGCCCAAGGGUUAGCGGAUGAUCUAAGCAUUCCGUAUUUCGAAACUUCUGCUAAGGAAGCAGUUGGUAUUGAUGUCCCUUUUCUACAUCUCAUUAAGGAAUAUUAUGAACUGUACAAUGAUGCAGUCAAUGACUAUCAAACUUUAGUAUAAUUACUACAUAUAUCUUCAAUUGAUGUAACACAUGUUUUUUUUCACUGACGGUUGGGAUGUUUGAUUCUAUGAUGGUUCUUCAGUGAGAAACAGCCUUGAAACAUUUAAGCACUAAACUGCAGUAACCUUAGAGUAAAUGAAUAGUCUUUGGGUGAUAAUG